GGCUAUUAUAGAUAUAUCUUUACUUAUCUUACUAGUUAUAACUAACUUUACUCUCAAUAACAAAACGAAGCAAACGCACACUUUGUAUACCUUUUACGUUUAUCGGCGCAAAUACGCGAUUCUCUCUAAACGGUUCAGUUGUUCAGUUCUGUGAGUUUGCCUAAAAAGGAGCGCAAACUUCUUUUACCAUUACGAAGCUGCAGCAAUCUUAAAUCUAUACCAUAACCGUCUACGUUUCAGCCGUUUUAUUGUAAAGCGUCUUUUUACAUUUUAUCAGUUUUUCAAAGCAGAAUUGAGUUGGAAUUCAGCUUUCUAUUUUAAUUUUUACUCAAGCAUAUUUAAAAGCGUAUAUUUGGAAGUGAACAAAAGGACAUUUUUGGUUCCUGUUUUUUUUUCAAUCCAUUUAUCAGUGUUACUUUUCGCCACAAGUAAAAAAAAAUACAGCAAAGCUGAGACACGCUUAGCAUUUUUCUUUUUUCACUGCGAGGAAAAAAGUAGCUUUCAUUUUACAUAUCUAUCCAUCACAACGCUUUUAUUUUGGGCUUGUUUCCUGGGCAAUCGUGUACACGUAAUUCAGCAGACUAAAUUUAGACUAGACUCAGUCAUUCAACAAACAAACUUGGCUUUACGAUUCAGAAGUUUAUCGGACUACACUGUUUUUGAACGCUUUUCGAUAUAUCUUCUCUUGAUUCCUUUGUGAAGUUACGAGUUUCGAGUGCAACUAGCCGAAAAGGAUGUCUGGUCUUGUGAAAGCGAAGAAGUACGACUGGAAGGACUCGAACAUGGCGCUGUUCGGGUCUGAGACGGAGAAGAAAAUCAAGCAGGAGUCGGCGGAGACGGAGGAAGCGUGGAACGGUGCGGGGGCCAAGGAGGGGCUUCAAAUCUGGAGAAUCAACAACUUCAAGGUUGAGCACUGGCCCAGAGGUGAUUACGGACAGUUUUUCUCGGGCGACUCCUACAUCGUUAUGAACACUUACAAGAACCCAGGAGAGGAAGACUUCGAGUUUGACCUGCACUUCUGGAUCGGAGAAGACAGUUCGCAAGACGAAUACGGAACAGCUGCUUACAAGACGGUGGAGCUGGACACCCUUCUGGACGACAAGCCAGUGCAACAUCGCGAAGUGAUGAACAAUGAGUCGGAACUGUUCAAGGGAUACUUUCCUUCUUUGACAUAUUUGAGCGGAGGAGUAAAGAGUGGAUUCAAACACGUCGAGAAGAAAGUUGUCGAGCCAAGACUGUUUCACUUCCGAAGCAUGGACCGCAAACAAGGCUCCAGAAAAAAGGAAGUGACCAUGCGACAAAUUGGAUUGAACAGCAAAAACCUAGACAGUGGCGAUGUGUUCAUUCUGGACACAGACCAGACCAUUUUCCAGUGGAACGGAAGCGGAUCUGAUCAGAACGAACGAUUCGAGGCCAGCAAAUAUGUCCGAGAAUUGUGUGAGCAGCGCAACGGGAAGCCGAAAAAAGUCGUGCUUGAUGAUCCUGACGUCGACGAAGACUUCAUGGCGUUCUUCAGCGACGAGGCCGUAAUUGACGAACGAUACGAGCCCGAAGAUGUCGCGACUCAUGUCGUCAAACGAUUGAGUGAUGCUAGCGGAGAAUUGAAAAUUGACGAUGUUGCAGUUGCCGACGGCAAGGUCACUCCGAGUCUUCUGGACAGUAACGAUGUCUUUAUUGUGGACAAGCGUGGUGGUCCCUGUUAUGUCUGGUUCGGCAAAGGAGCGUCUGCAGCUGAAGCCAGAAACUGGAGUAUGUACGCUCAUAACUACUUGGUUGAUGCACCCAAUAAAACAAAGCAUGUUCAAACAGUUAAGGAAGGCAAGGAGCCCGCUGGAUUCUUCGAUUGAUCAAUAAGAACUAUGGGUGCUUGGAUCUAAACGAACAUUUGCAUUCCGUGGAAAAAUCUUGUCAUCUUACACCCUUUUAGCUUUCGGUGUUGAAAUCAAUUUGAAAACUGAUGUGAACUAAAUCUGUAAAUUAAUUAUUAACAUGAAGUGCAAAAAUAUUCAUUAAAAAAUAUGAUUAUAUUGA